CUAAGCAUGCAGACUGCUUCUAAAAACAUUUGUGAAAAAAUGGGUCGCUCCCAGGAGCUCAAUGAAUUCAAGUGUGGUACAGUGAUAGGUUGUCACCUGUGCGAAAAGUCCAUCCCUGGAAUUUACUUGCUACUAAAUAUUCCAUUGUCAACUGUUAGUGGUAUUAUAACAAAGUGGAAGCAACUGGGAACAACAGGAGACAAGCGCAACUUAGCCACAAAGUGGUGGGCACGUAAUCCCUGGACUCUAGAGCAGUGGAUACGUGUUCUCUAGAGUGACAAAUCACACUUCUCUGUCUGGUGGAUGCCAGGAGAAUAGUACUUGCCUGACAGCAUUGUGCUAAGUAUAA